AUAUAAUAAUUAUUAUAUAUUAUGUGUGGUGCAUGGAAAACAUUUUGAAGUUGCCGGAGGAAUCCAUGGGACGCAAUGAAGAAAGGCACAGAAACAUGUGGCAAUAUCGCACAUUCUUCGUAAACAGUAAAACCUAGUCAAAUUCAUGAAGCGCUAAAAUUGCAGUAUUUAAUUCGAUCGUAAAAUAAUGGAAGGGUGCGACGGCGUAAGAUUUCCAUCGAGCUGAUUGGAAAAUGUGCUGGGAAACCGCGAUGUGCGAGUGCAUCAAUUAAUUCCGACCGCCGAAAGUGUCGUCCCCCCAUAUGAAUGUGGGUGAUCGCUUGGUUACCGCAGCAUAUUGUACGCAAUGGAGUGUGUUUUAUUUAUAUGUGGAAAUUUAAAUAACUAUUCGCCAAAUGCGACCGUUUAAGCCCCCGCCAGUCCCAAUACAUAAAACAAUGGCAUAGUGCUUCCAAAGGAAAGUGAAAUGGUGAUGAAUACUAACGAAGUAGAUAUGUUUCAAAGUUAUCUAAUAAAACAGUGUCUAUGCGGAAUAUCUGAGGCCACCCUUAGGAAGCCCUUCGAGGGCCAACAAAUCACUGACUGCAAUGGAACCAGAACGGCCAUGCUCAUUGAAUGGCCAACAACCAAGAUCCUCGAGUACCUGUCCAAACUCCAACUGCUCUUCGACGUAUACCUGAAGCAGAACAACAAGGGAUACAUAUGCUCUCGAAUAGUGGACAUUUGCAACACCAUCAUUAGAAAUGAUUAUAAUCUGAUUGAGCAGAUCAUCUCGUUGUGCGAUACGCGAAACAAGUACGUGAAUUAUAUGUCCGCCAAAGUGCUGAGCAGCUUUUUAAUUGUCGCCAAGACGAGCAUAAACAACGAAUGGUUGGAAACCAUCAUCAGUUACUUAACGACUGACAAUGUGGACUACGUUAAAAUCAAUUUCGCGCUUGAGGUCAUCAAGCGGGUGGUCGAAUGGAAGGACAUCGAGAUCCAUGUGUUGGAAGAGACACAGUUGCAGGAGGGGGCCAGCACCAGCUCCCAAAAUGAGACCUGCACCAAGGUGAUUUUCAGUGAUUCAGACAGUUACGAUACAUCUGCUAUCAAAGGACUGAUUAUCAAGAGUUUGGAAUCUAAAUGGCCAGAUCUGGUUAGCAAAAUACAAAAUCUGAUAAUGCACAAUGAUUGUGUGGAAGCCCAAACAUGUAUUCUAACUUUUCUGGCGCUCUGGGAAAGCACCAUCUCUGUUAAAGCCAAUCUAAGCAUAAUUGAUACCAAGCCUUUUUAUGCACACCUGGAGAUGUUUGUUGGUUUAUUGCAUAGCAAUUUAUCUCCUCUCAUUUGGAAGCAGCUGCUGUCCUUGUUCAAUGAAGUACUUUGCUAUGGCAGCACUUUGGCAUUGCAAGAUAUGUUACCUGAAGAUACCUGCCAAUUAGCGCAUUUAAUUGUACGCUACGUGAAGGACUAUAGAUUACUAGAUUGCCUGCCGUAUAGGAGAACGGAAGGUUUCGUGGUGAACAGCUUCGUGGGCACCAUUCAAAGCUUGCACAACGAGGCGAGCACAGAUAAAACGUUGCUGCAGAAGAUGGUGCUUUUGGUAUUAAAAUCGGUGGCGAUCACGAUCAAGGAGACGCGGUCGGACAGUUCCGAUUCGAGCGUCGGAUCCGACGACUACGACUUCUACCAGGACAUGCAGCUGAUCGAGAGAUCCAUCAGAGAUGUGCUGAAGAAGGUCGACGUCUUCCUAAAGAACGGAUUGGACUUUCAUCCGGAGACGCCGUUCCCGAAAAUACUUAUUCACCUGUUCAGCGAUCAGGACGACUAUCUUAUCGAGUCGAUGGUCUGCACGCUGGACAUAACGAUAGGUAUAUCUUACAGGAACGCCGUCUUCCCCGACCUCAUCAACAUGCUGAACCCGAUAUUCUCGUUCAUCGAGUUCCUGAAGAUCGUCAGCCACGAUUCGGGCGUCCUGCUGGAUUAUCUGGUCAGCAACGAGACCUGCUUCCUGCUGUACCUUCUCCGAUUCCUGAAGUACACCAGGAGGAACUGGUCCAAGUUCGUGUCGAGCUGCUCCGAGUGCUCGACGGUCACGAGAAUCAACGAGAUGGACAACACUAUGACAGUAUUAAUUAGAUUGAAGUAUCAGAUAACCAGGUUGGUUUCAAAGGACCUCUUCCCAUACAACAUAAGUCCCGUCCUUAAACUACUGGAAGUGUGUGAAGGACUGUACGAAGGCAAUGAAUACAGCUGAUAAUCAGCACACGUUUCGCAUCGUUCGCACACAUUUGUUACAAUAAUUUUAUUUUAAUUACACUAAUAUUUAUUUACAUCUCGUCAUAUUUAAAACAAAACAAAAAUAUCGAUACGAAAUUGGAUCAGUUAUUUGAAAACUUAAUUUAUAUUAAAUAUCGUGUAAUCCGUUUUUAUUACUGUACUUAGUUAAUAUUUAAUUGUAUAUUGAUCUAUGCACACGCGCGACAAAACAAUUUCUUUUUUUAUCCAUUUUA